UGGCUGACCAGCGCAGCGGGAUCUAGUGAAAAGUGUUUAGAGUUAGUUCUCUAAGGUUUCCUCGGUGCUCCUACUUUGUGUGGUCGUGAACGGCUGUUGCGAGUCUAACGGGGCGGUUUGCCCGCAACUUUAUUAACUCGGCUUAAUUUAAUUUAAUUUCAAGCUACAGCUGGGCUGUGUUUGGCAGGCGAAGACAUGACAGAGGAGAGAAUCGUUGAACCCCCGGUGGAGAGUCACAGACCUGCGUCAGAAACGUCACAAGACAUUUCCCAUGUCUUAGCAGCCGUUUUCAAAGAGGUUUACGACAAGAACAUGAUCGGGGAAGACACUGUGUUGUCCAACCUCAUCAAAACCAAUGCAGGAAGGAGCAGCUAUCAUCAGAAAUAUGUUAAAGAGCUGCAGCAGGCUCGUUGUGAAUAUGAGCAGUGCAUAAAACAGGCCGAGCUGGCGGAGAAUCACAUAAUUCAGGCCAGAGUCCGAUCUGCUGCCAAAGAAAGCCUGGACCGCGAGAGGAUGAAGGCAGACACUGGAGACGCUUGUGAUCAUCAACCUGCACUGUUUACAGUCAAAUCUACCUUCUCCUGGUGCGUUGAUGAAGAUCUUUUCAAAGGAUGCAACCUGAUCUCCCCCGGGGACUACCUACAUACACAAAAAGCACGGGUCCCAGCACCAGCUGCAGUUAAAUCCAGUUUCGCUAAACCCACUAUCGCCUAUGCCAUGCACACGUCCCGGGAGCCUCAGCAGGACAGACACAAGCUGAUUCCCAAUCCAAAGAAGACUGUGCUGGAAAUGAAUGAGUUGGAUGACAGUCUUACUUUUGAAUCAAGCUCAGAUACACAACAAAAGAGGAAAGCCCCUGAAGAGACUAAACCCAGGCCAAAGUGGUCGGGCCAGCCAAGCGCACGGGACCGGGCGGAAGGCUGGGAGAACCUUCAGAGGUUCAAAGGAAGACAGCGCUUCCUGCGCAAUCCACGCUUCCUUCCUGCUAACGCAAAGCAGAGCGGAAAACCGCUCAUCUCACCCGAAGCCGAAGGGACGAAGGAGCACGAGAGCCAGAGCUCCGAGAAACAAAGCUCUGCCGAUGAUCUCGCCCCGAUCUUCCAGGCGAAGCCCUCGGUGAUAUUUUUCAGUGAAUACAGCGUUGGACGUGUCUAUGAGUCUACCCUGGAGCUGAAAAACGUGACUUCCGCCAGCCGCCACGUCAGAGUCAUCCCUCCUACCACGCCGUACUUCUCCAUUGGCCUGGGAAGAUUCCCCAGUGAUGGAGGCAUCGUCGCCCCUGGGAUGAGCUGCAAGUACACGGUGCGUUUCGCUCCAGACUCGCUGGCGGACUACAAGGAUUUUAUGGUGGUGGAGACCGUAGCCGAGCGGCUAUUUGUGGUGCCCAUUGAGGCGCGGAGGCCUCCUCCCAUCCUCACCUUGCCCAGAGUUGUGGACUGCGGGUACUGUCUGGUUGGAGGGGUGAAGUUCGUUGAGCUCCUGUGCCAAAAUGUUGGACUCAGCCCUGGAACGUUUUACAUCAUGCCUAAGGACCAGUGGCCGGCCUCAAAUCUGAGGUCCUUGGCCACAGCGUACUUCUCCGAGCAGCCGCCGUUUGCCGUGGGCCCCUGCGUGUUGGCGCUGCAGCCGGGAGAAGCCACUGUCGUGGAGCUUGUUUUCUUUCCGACCGCUGCGGAGAGGCGUCGUCAGCUGUUCACCAUAGUCUGCGACAACUGCCAGGUGAAAGACGUCUCGAUCGAAGGCGAGGGCCAGCUCGUCGGACUCGAGCUCGUCUCCGUGUCCGGAGAGAACGAGCCCCUCGGUGACGGAGAGGCGCGCAACCUCACAGCAGAGCGCUUUGUCCGUUUCCCCAGGUGCAACCCUCACUCUGUGCAGCAGAAGAGACUCGUCAUUAGAAGCAAUGUGUAAGCCUGACUCCUGUCACCAUCAAGCACCUCUCUUUCUUUACAAAAAAACAACAACACCUACAGUGUUUAUAUACUGGAUCAUGGGUAUUAUACGUUUUCAUAUUGGCCCGUUACAACCAUUAAC